UCUCUAUCAGAGCAGUAAUCCAUGUUAUGUUAUCUAUAUUUCAUUGUUUGUGUAUUAAUGGUCUACACAAAAAUGUAGAGAAAGAAAAUCGGCAGUAGCUCAACUGCACUGUUCUGUAGUUUAUUUAGCUGGGUUAUUCAACUACGGUCUCCACAGCAGUGGAUUGAUUAACCGUGGAUGAAGCCAUUAUUAGAAUACAGAGUUCCGUGUGAUAAAGUUGUUAGCUCCCCACUUUCAACCCCGUUCUGCACUAAGUCAAUGGACUCGCUGAAUGUUCCCAGCAUCAUUAUAUCCUUAUCUCUUUUACACAUGUUGCUGUUGCUAUUAAUAAGCUCUGUGAGUGUGAUAUUAACGCCCCAUGUCUUCAUUUUAAAUGUGUCACAUGUUCAUGAAUUUCCAGUCCAUCUGCCGUCUCCGUGUCUCUGGCGUCAGCACGUGGCGCAGUCAGUCAGCGCACGGAGGAAACUACAGACUGCAGGUACAUGCAGGCGGGGCAGAACGCAGACUCUGGCGCACAGCGCGGAGAUCUCUGUUCCGCUCUGAGGCAUGUCGUCGUCUUUGCUGUCAGCGUCAGUGGAUAUGCACUGAAACAGACCAGACUGACUCCGUCAAAGUUUACUCAUCGUUUUCCCUGUUCACAAACUUACAGUUGCCCACAUUUGGAGCUAAUCGAUGCGAGGAGGCGGUGGAGUUUCUGGCUCGUCGGUCGUGUGUUCAGAGCGACCUGAGCGCGGCGGAGCGGUGCGAGCCACGCUACGUUCGCACGCGCAAAGGGAAGAGAGGGCGACCCGGCAGUACCGGGAAUUCAAAACGGGGAAUGGAAAUUACAAAUGGAACUGGAAUUAAUGCCGAAGCGAAAACCACAAUCCUUGAUUAUCGAUUGCAUCCCCUGGACCGACAGACCGUGUGAAAACGCCUGAUACUGGAGAACUUGGCGGAGGCACGACCAUGCUAGAGCCGGAACUGGUAAAACAGCAUGGCGGCGAUCGGAAUAUUAUCCCCUUCAACAAACUAUGAUGAGGUUGUGGCUGUGAGGAUGUGUUCAGAGCUCCAGGCACUGCAGAGGUGUGAAGAUGGAGUGCUGACCUCAGGUGGUUCUUCCACCUCGUAAUCCUCACCGUAUUCAUUGUCAUCUGUUUCUGUUGGUGUGGGUGUGAGAGACGUGGAGGCUGUGAUUAGCGGGCUGAGCCCGUGAGUGAACCUAUGGCAGAGAGACAGCACAGUGCAGGUUCAUUUGUAUGACUCUACCAUGGACCACAUCAUCUCCUACCUGCUGGUCCUGGGAGCCACAGUGAUGAUCACCCAUGCAUGCCCUAAAUACUGUGUAUGCCAGAAUCUGUCCGAGUCCCUGGGGACAUUAUGUCCCUCCAAAGGUCUCCUGUUUGUGCCUCCGGACAUUGACCGAAGCACGGUGGAGCUUCGUCUGGGAGGCAACUACAUUCUUCGAAUAACGCAGCAGGACUUUGCCAAUAUGACUGACCUGGUGGAUCUGACCCUCUCCAGGAACACCAUCAGCUACAUUCAGCCCUUCUCUUUUGGUGACUUGGAAACACUGCGCUCAAUUCACCUGGACAACAACCGCUUGACAGAGCUGGGCCCCGAUGACUUGCGAGGCUUGAUCAACCUGCAGCACCUCAUUGUUAACAACAACCAGCUUGGACGUAUUCAUGAAAAGGCCUUUGAGGACCUGGCACCUGCCUUGGAGGAUCUAGAUCUCUCCUAUAACAACCUCAUGUCCCUGCCCUGGGACUCAGUCCGCCAGAUGAUUAACCUGCACCAGCUGAGUCUGGACCACAAUCUGUUGGACUUUAUCCCAGAGGGAACUUUCACUGACCUGGAAAGGCUGGCGAGAUUGGACCUGACCUCAAAUCGCUUGCAGAAGCUACCCCCAGACCCCAUUUUUGCCCGUGCCCAGGACUCAAUGAUUAUGACUACACCUUAUGCUCCCCAGCUGUCCCUAAGCCUGGGCGGGAAUCCAUUGCACUGUAACUGCGAGAUGCUGUGGCUGCGGCGGCUUGAGAGAGAUGAUGACCUGGAGACUUGUGCAUCCCCUCCUGCCUUGAAGGGUCGUUACUUUUGGAAUGUGAAGGAGGAGGAGUUUGUGUGUCAGCCACCUAUGAUCACCCAGCACACCCACAGAAUGCUGGUCUUGGAAGGCCAGACGGCCAGCCUAAGGUGUGAAGCAACUGGAGACCCUUCUCCCACCAUCCACUGGAUCUCCCCUGAUGAUCGACUGCUUGGGAAUUCCUCCCGAACUGCAGUGUACAGCAAUGGUACCCUAAGCAUCACCAUAACCACCUCCAAGGACUACGGCACUUUCACCUGCAUUGCCGCUAACGUGGCUGGAGAGUCCACCGCCUCUGUGGAAGUGUCCAUCGUCCAGCUCCCUCACCUUAGCAAUGGCACCGGGCAGCCAGCACCACCAAAGUCACGCCUCUCUGAUAUCACAGGGACCACCAGGGUCAGCAAAGGGGCUCCGAAGAGCCAACCAGAAAGAACUGUGUCCGUCUCUGAGGUUACAGCUGUCUCAGCGCUGGUCAAGUGGACAGUGAGCAAGUCAGCCCCAAAAGUGAAGAUGUACCAGCUCCAGUACAACUGCUCUGAUGAUGAGGUUCUCAUCUACAGGAUGAUCCCAGCCUCCAGCAAAGCUUUCUUGGUGACAAACCUGGUUUCAGGGACCCGUUACGAUCUAUGUGUGCUGGCUGCAUGGGAUGACACCGCCACCACGCUCACAGCCACCAAUGUUGUGGGCUGUACGCAUUUCUUCACCCAGGACGACUAUCCUCAGUGCCAGUCUAUACCCAGUCAGCUGCUGGGAGGCACCAUGAUCCUGGUGGUCGGGGGAAUCAUUGUGGCCACUCUGCUCGUGUUCAUCGUCAUUCUCAUGGUGCGCUACAAAGCCGCUGAUACAGAAGCUCUGGCGGGGAAGCUGACCAGUGUCAGCGACACACACUCGCAGACCAACGGUGGACGACUUGGGCAAAAUGGACUUCUCAUGCCCCAGUCCCAGCCUCAGUGUGAGCAAACGGUCAAGGCCAAGGUGACUCUGCAAGACGAGGUGGUGGAGUUCAAAUGUGGGUCCCUCCAGAGCAGUCUCACCUCCUCCUCCUCCUCCUCUUCCUCAGGCUCCAUGGCCGAAGGCUCAUACAGCCCCAACAGCACGCUUGCCAAGAUUUGGAGGUCAGCCCCCUCAAAGCCCCGAACCAAUUUAGACCACCUCCUCGGGGCCUUCACCUCACUGGAGCUGCGGGGGGCACAGGGUUGUGACCUGGGAGCCUCCGGUAGUGCUGCAAUGACAGCAGCUAAACCCCACACAGACAGGGAGCCGCUGCUGGGCCGGACACUGGACUCCAGCCUCAGCCGGCUCCUAAUGCUACCUCUGGACUCCAAACCAAGAAGGAGCCAGUCGUUCGACAUGGGAGAUGUAACAGGCACUGGGGCCUCACAGCUGUGCAACAAACCUCGCAGGAUCAGCAGUAUCUGGACUAAGAGGAGCCUGUCUGUGAAUGGCAUGCUGCUGCAGUGUGAGGAGGAGGAGGGGGACACAGGAGGCAGCAAGGGGACAAUAGACAGUGCUGACUGGGUGAUGGAGAGUACUGUCUAAGACAGAUGGAGGACCAUCACAUUUUCAAACACUGCUCUGAUGGACAGCCAGUAGCCUAGCCAAGACAGACCUUCUGGUCUCAGAGCCUUUAUCCUGCGUGAAGCAUAACCAUUCUCUACGCUCCUGCUCCAGCACUCAUUUAGCUGAGACAGGAAUAGGAGUUUUCGCUGUCACAGCCAAAUACAACCUUAGGGACAAAACCUUUGAAAUGUUUGCCUCACACAUUGUACAGAGAAGGAUGAAGACGGUCGAUCAGCUGAAGGGAAAUGUCAGUUAUGUUGUCAUGCCCAUGGACUGUUGUUAAACUGUAUAUAUUCAAAGUAUGUAAUAAAAAUAAAGUUUUAUAUUUUUUGUUUUGCUGGUCAAACACAAUGAUCCAUUACAGGUCUCUGCCUUGACAUAAGAGCAGGGUGUGACCAGCAUGCACUGAAAUCUUUUUAUUGUAAAUGUAUCCUCAUGUCAUUGACCUACUGAUGCAGUUUAACCUUCUCUGACUGAAUGGUGCCGUAUUUUUAUUAUAUAUAUAUAUAUAUAUAUAUCUAUAUAAUGCUUUGAUCCAUCAAGACUUAAGAAAAAAGAUUUAUUUAAAAAGUUGUAGGUGAUUAUAUUUACGUUUCUAUACAGAGUAUAUAUUUGAGGGGUAACUCAAUUAUUCUGUAUGCUAAUCAUAACAGAUUUAUGUGACUGCAUAGAUUAUGAAAUCAACUGUCUCUACACUAUGGCUGUACUGUAUGUAAAGACUCACUGUUUAAAAUGCCAAAAGUUUUAAUGUCAUUAAUUUCAAAGUUUGGUUACAACAUUGAUGCCCAGGAUAAUUCUAGUUUAUUACAAUUUGAGUCUUAUCAUUGGCAAGUUGUAGCUACGAUUCCUAUUAGCACUAAUAACACUUCCUCAGCAAAUUAAACAGACUGCAUUGUUCAAGUCAUUGUUGAGACCUGGCUAUAUGACGUCAUCACAAUAACAAAGCUUGACAGGGAAAGAAACAUGAGCAGACCAUCACACAGACACUUUUCAACCAAAAGUUCCCACCAUCUGAUAAGGACACUGGGCCACAGAAUGUUUGCUAUCAGGCUGCAAAGGAGAAACACAUCUAUAGCUUUAAAUAAAGCCUGUGGAUUGUAUUUGAUUAAAAUUACAGAAAAUACAUGUAAUCAGAUUAUCAAUGCUUUUUGUAAAAAUCGAAAUGAUUAUCAGGAUGACGGUUUUUAACAGAGUUGCCAACUUUCACGCCACAUUUUCUCACAGGGCAAAGCACAUUUAGAAGUGAUGAUGGCACAGAAAGAGGACAGUGGCAGCACCGAGACAGACCGAGUCAGCAGUGUCCCUAUGUCUCGUCUGCACCAUUGAGCAGGCAGGCAGGAGUCACAGUGGGUAACUAUGGAUACGGACACAUUGUCUGAUUAAACCUCCCAAUAAUAUUAGGUCUGGUUGCCUGAUUCAGGUUCUAUUGUCUGGAGGUUGGCAGGUUUGCUGAUCUACAAAACGUAAUCUUCAUCGACCAUAAUAUCUAAAACCUGUUUGCUUUUUUGUCACCUUUCAUAAAAUACAUCAACUUCAACGGUAACUAAUCUUUCUCCAGACUACACAGACAUGUUGGCUGCUCUGAUUUGAAACUAUAUUUAACAUAAAGGACACUGGUAACACUAAUAACCAUCACUGAUAAAUGUAUGUCAAUUACACUUCAGUUAUUACUGUUUACAAAAAAAUGAAAAGUUUUACAAAUCUCAAAGGUUUAUUAACAUCAGUUGUAACUUGACAUCAAACAAUGUCUUAAUAUAUGGUUUAUAAAGGAUUUCCUUUCAUUCUUUAACAGUCAAAUAACUACUAACUUAUACCUAACAGUUUAAUCAACUAUGCAUUUACAAUUCAAUAAUGGCAGCUAUUGCAGAGUAUUACCAGAACAAUAAACCACAUAUUCCACACUUUAAAAGUCUGGUGUCAGAGCAGCUGCCAGUUAAACAUCAUGGCCAUCAUAACCACUGUCAAUGGCUGGAAUUAUUAUUACUGUGCAUCUGGUAUUUAAGUACAUCAAAAGUAAUGGAGAGUGAUCAAAUUACAUUACUUUAAUAUUAUGAUACUUGAAUUAGGUUACUAAGCAAGUUACUUUCUGACGGGUGAUUAGUAACUGUGGGAAGACAUUAUGAAAGCAGCCCUCCCAUCCCUGUACUUUAAUGGAUUUGUUCUUGGGCCAGUCAGUGCUGCAGGUUCACCCAUGAUUCACAGUCACUCCACGAGCAACAAAAAACACAGAAUGUUACAAUGAGUGUUACAGAGAGGCUAAUCUGUAAUCAGAAUAAAGCACAAAUGGGGCUUUACGAUGGGGCUGCAAAGUGACCCAAGUUGUACUAAAUCAGAAUUUCCCUUCACACAUUUGCCCCCUCUCAUGUUAAAGGAAGUAAACACUAUGGUUCAGUAUCUUUAAUCUGCUUUGUUUAUCAGGAUUGUAAAUUACUUACAUCUUUCAAAGAGUCCCAGAAUGUGUUUUGACACUGAAUAUACUUUGUUCAAAUGUUCAACAUAAAAUUUUGGAAACCAGAUCCCUCCAUGUUCACCUGGUAAUGUUCACAGGAUUCCUACAGAUGGAAUUAAACCAUGUGGAGAUAUGGGUAUAAUAAGUGAACAUAAUAAUGAGUCUGUUUCAUGAAAGUUCAAUUAAACAUGUUUGCUUUAUUGUCAGAUGUUGCAUGUUUGUGCAGAACUGACCCAUGAGACAGUUUUGUCCAGUGUGUGCACUCACUUCUACCAUGUUGUCUGAAUUUUUUCUGAUAUGACGGUGUGUGUACAGUGUCUCUGUAUAUUGGAUGUUUUUGUACCAUAUUCAACCUGGAGUAUGUGCAGCAGUUGAACUUUACAGUAGAGGACGUGUGGAGCAGCUGUUCACAUUUCUCAUCUGGAGCUGUAAAAGAUGUUUGUGUGGUCAAAUUGUUGUUUUUGCUACUAAGACAAAACUAAAAUUCUCCUGAGAAAGUAAUGUGAUGUAAGAGCAUUUCCUCUAGGAGCAGUUGGUUUGAAUGCGGACUGUAAAUAAAAAGAAAGUCAUCAUCAAGGUGACACAGAAGCCCUGAGCGGCAAGUGUGGAA